UCGCUCGUCGUCGCGCUUCUGAUUCGAUACGCAGUUUAAAAGGAAAAGCAUCCGCCAACGCGACGUUCUUCUUCUGAUCCCCAAUGGCGCUUUUCGAGGAUUUUGAUUCUUUGCUCUACAUCAGUAGAUUCCGUGACCAAUUGACAUCGCUUUCAGAGAGGGUGUCGGCGUCGAUGGCGUCCACGAGCUGCCCCACCGUUGAGGAAGUUGAGGCUUGCCGGGACAACGAGGCGGCGCUUUGGCUGAAGCUGGUGGCGAUCGCGGCCAUCCUGAUCGCGGGAGGCGUCGGGGUGGCCAUACCGCUAGUGGGUCGGAAACGGCGGCUGAUGCGGACCGACGGGGGGCUCUUCGUGUGCGCGAAAGCUUUUGCCGCUGGCGUGAUACUUGCUACGGGAUUCGUGCACAUGCUGCACGCAGCUGAGUCGUCGUUGAGUAACCCCUGCCUCCCAGAAUCCCCCUGGCGGAUCUUCCCCUUCUCUGGCUUCGUGGCGAUGCUGGCCGCGCUCGCGACGCUCGUGGCCGAUUUCGUCGGGACCCAGUUCUACGAGCGCAAACACCGCUCGGAGACGACAUCGGGGGACGAUCACGAGAGAGACAUCGUCGUCGUCCCGUCUCCCUCGACAGAGCAUCAACCGAGGAGCGCGAAGGACGCAAUGCACAUCGUCGGGAUGCGCGCCCACGCGGCAGCCCACAGCCACAGCCACAAACACGUGAAGGGAGCGUGCGACAGCCACGGUUUCCUCCCCGUCCGCUCUCACGCCCACGGCCACGAGGACAGCGAGGCUUCUUCCUCUCACGUACGGCACGUGGUGGUCUCCCAGAUUCUGGAGCUGGGAAUUUUGUCGCAUUCGGUGAUCAUUGGGCUCUCCUUGGGCGUGUCGCAGAGCCCAUGCACCAUAAAACCCCUCGUUGUAGCCCUCUCUUUCCACCAGUUCUUCGAAGGCUUCGCGUUGGGCGGGUGCAUCGCCCAGGCACAGUUUAAGAACGCGGCGGCCACCAUGAUGGCGUGCUUCUUCGCCAUCACGACGCCGGCGGGGAUCGGGGUGGGAGCGACCGUGGCGUCGUGGUACGACGGCAACAGCCCGAGGGCGCUGGUGGUUGAAGGGUUGCUGGAUUCGAUGUCUGCGGGGAUUUUGAUCUACAUGGCAUUGGUGGACUUGAUUGCUGCGGACUUCCUGAGUCAGACGAUGAAGUGCAACGUGCGGCUUCAGGUGGUGUGCUACCUCGCGCUCUUCCUCGGCGCCGGAGCCAUGUCGGCGGUCGCUAUUUGGGCUUGAAAAGAACGUCGUCUAGUGCUCAGGGCAGUAGCACAGCAUGACAUCUCUCCAGUUUCCAUCCGCGAACUUUUUAUCUUCGACGUCCGACGAAGUGCCAAAUUUGUACUUGUUUGUAUGAGUAAAAACAUAACGAUCAACAUCAGGAAGCAUUCUCAUUCUGAGAAAAUAUAAAUUUUAGUUAUGGAUUGUUAAAUACUGUGAAUUAAUGUUUUUCUA